CCUCUGUUUUGUGGAGAGAGAGAUAUCAAUUACCUGGGCGCGCGCGAAUACGAAUGUCCAUAACGAAAUCGACGGCUGAUGUUCAUGCACCAAGUACGAAGUUGUUCCACGAAAAGAAACUCGAGGUGAACGUGAACUCACGUCUCGCAUCUCAAUCGUAUUGCCCAUUGCAGCAAUUCGAAUAUUCGUGCUUCUUUCUUCUCACAUGGGGACUGUCUACUGAACUGAAAGUUGUAAAGUAGCCCAUCGCGCCCCCUCCUCCCUGACCCGAAAGGCUGAACCGCCUCACGAACCCGAGCGACUUCGAGCCAGCCAAUCCAUUGCAGCAGCAGACCCAAGCAGCAAAUCGACGAAUCCAUAUCUCCUGAUUCCUAGCUUAUCUCUCACCAAAUCACUUACCAUAUAGCUAGCUAGCCGCGAGUGCACGCUGCUCUCUCUCACGCCAAAGAUGCAGUUUCUCCCCUUGGGCAUUCCACGCCCUUUUCAAAAGGAGUCCGUGGAUAACUAUCCAGGCGUACUCGUCCCGCUCGCGCACGCAAAACGCCAUCCCACUGUGGAGGCUGAGUACGCGCGGCGGUAUUCCCAGGAAGGCGAGGCUGCUGCUCCGGAGGCCUCCGACUCCAAGAAAGGCGCGAGUGAAGAUGGAAAGGAAGCGGAGAAUGUUGCGGAUGUGGAGGCGAGCCGAGUGAGGGGCGUGUGGGAUGGGACGUAUACGAUUGAGGGACUGCGGGAAGAAAUCAAUGAGGAUGUGGCGGCGAGUGGCCAUGAUAGCGCUUAUGAUUUGAAGAGUAAGGUUAUCAAUAAAGCCAUUCAGGAUAUUGGAAUGGGAAGAUAUAACUGGGAGUUGUUCAUCCUGUGCGGUUUUGGGUGGUUUGCUGACAAUCUUUGGCUGCAAGGCGUGGCCCUCACGCUGCCAUCGCUCUCCGCUGAGUUCAACGUCUCCGAAAAGCAAGUCCGCUAUACGACAUGUUCUCUUUUCGUCGGUCUCUGCAUCGGCGCCUCCUUCUGGGGCGUAGGAUCCGAUGUCAUGGGUCGUCGCCUCGCCUUUAACAUGACGCUGUUCAUCGCUGGUGUCUUUGGAAUUGCUGCUGGUGGUGGCCCGAAUUGGGUCGGUACCUGUGGUCUCUUCGCCGCUCUAGGAACUGGUGUAGGAGGUAACUUACCAGUGGACGGCGCCCUAUUUCUAGAGUUCCUGCCCAAUGCUUCAGGAAGCCUGCUUACGCUCUUGAGUGUGUGGUGGCCGGUCGGUCAAUUGGUUGCGAGUUUAAUCGGCUGGGGUUUCUUGGGCUCGCAUUAUGCGCCUGAUAAAGGCUGGAGGUAUUUCGUCUACACGAUGGGAACACUGACAUUCGUUAUGUUCCUCGCGCGCUUCGCCCUCUUUCACCUUUUUGAGAGCCCGAAAUUUCUCCUCUCCAGGGGCCGUCAGGCGGAAGCGGUUGCGGUGGUCCAUGGGAUGGCGUAUAAGAACAAGACCACUACAUGGCUCAGUGAAGAAAUCCUCAAUGAAAUCGGCGGCGACCCCGCAGUUGUUGCAGAUGUCAAGCUGAGCACCACAGAGGUCAUCCGACGAAAGUUCUCCUCCUUCUCCGGGGAACGAAUUGGGCCUCUCUUCCACACCCGGAAACUCGGUUUGACGACAGUGCUUCUCUGGUUCUGCUGGCUCACCAUCGGAAUGGGGUACCCGUUGUUCAACGCCUUUCUUCCUCAGUAUUUGGCGAAUGGCCAUGGCUCUAGUGGAGCCCCUAUUUCCAACUACACGACCUACCGCAACUACGCGAUCACAUCUGUCGUCGGCGUUCCCGGUUCCAUCAUAGGUUGUUUCACAGUUGAUAUCCCGUACAUCGGGCGGAAAGGCACAAUGGCCGUCUCCACCAUGCUAUCGGGCAUCUUCCUCUUCCUCUUCACCAUCUCCGCCGACUCCAACUAUCAACUGGCCUUCUCCUCCGUCGAAGCAUUCACGCAGAAUAUCAUGUACGGGGUGCUAUAUGCUUACACGCCGGAGGUCUUUCCAGCUCCUAAUAGAGGCUCUGGCACGGGGAUCGCGAGUUUCCUCAACAGGGUUGGGGGACUCUGCGCCCCGAUCAUUGCGGCGAAUAUCCCGGGAACAAACGCGAGUACGCCCGUCUAUGUAAGCGGAGCCUUGAUCCUGGCGGCAUUUGUAGCGAUGUGCUUGUUGCCAAUUGAGACAAGAGGAAAGCAGAUGUUGUAG